ACAGAGAGACGCUGAAUGGGCUCGAUUAGCAUGAGAAAAGAGGAGCAAAACUCCACAGUUCAACAGCUAAAGAGCAAUUUGAUGGGGCUGGGAUUGGGAAAUUACUUGAUUAGUGUCUGUCAGAGGAGAACGCGGCGAGGAUGCGAGUCCCAGCUCCGACGGGGGACUCGUGGUGGCCUGGCCGGGGAGGGGGCAAGGAGGGGUGUUGUUAAAGAAAAAAGCGGGGGGAAUACAGGGAUUUAUUUUUUUCUGCGUCCCCGUAAAUUCCGGGAAGCGCCGAGAAACUCCGCUGCCCCCUCCCGAAUCCCACUCGGUGCUGGGAGGAGAAGUGAAUGCUCUGAAAAGUUAAAUUUCCCUGCCUCGGUGGAGCGGGUUUCCGGACGUGCCGGGUACGGAGAGCAGAGCCCGGAGCUGACACAGUCCUCGUCGGAGCGGAGUGAAGCCAAAAGGCUGGAAUUAGAAAGAAAACUGAUGGAAUACAAGAAGUCUGAUACAUACCUAAUGAAACUAAAAUACAUGAAGCUGCAAAACUACUUGCAAGAAGUAGUUGAACGACAGAAUGGAGCUCUUCUGAGAAACCAGGCCCUUUUCAAGGAGUUGGACCAGCUGGAAGCUCGUAUGAAAACUUCAGGUUCAGCAAUGAUCCAGAAGAUGCAUGCUAUGGAAGAGAAAUUAAAAGAGCUAUCACUUCAAGAAGGUAACUUGUCAGCAGAAGGUGAUGAGCAAAGAGAAUCCAGUGAGCAGUUGCUGCGGAUUGGAAGACAGACAGGAAUGAGCACCCAGGUAGCCAUGCUGAGAGGACUGUGUCAUCCAGCAACAGUCUUUAUGGGCUACCACAGAUCAGCUGUCCUGGCUGCUGGAGGUUUGGGCCCACAGCAGAAACCCCUCCAGCUCACAGGGGACUCUCUAGCACCUGAUCUGCCUUCAUUCUCUCCAGCACCUGGCAGCCUAGAUCCAGAGAGCAGAAGCACUGAUUCAGUGAAUGAUGCAUCAGUGGAGGGAGCAGUGAGAUGUGGGGACCUGGCUGUGAGUGAGGAAGUCUCUGAGCAGCUCAUCUCCUCAGCAUCCAAUCCUAAACCAGCCACUCAUGAGGAGGAACAACCACAAGGAAGAUUCCCUGGACCAAAGCCUCACCAGAGUGACCAGUGGGCUCAUAAGGAGGCGAGUGGGGACAGCAGCACAAGUGAUGAAGGGGUGAUGCUGAGCACUCCUGACCUGCCACAGGGAAUGACCUUGACAGCAGCCAGUGGGGAGCAGGACAAGGAUGCCCAUGCCACAGAGGAUUUCCUGAUGCAACCACCAACCCCUCUCAUGGGGCAGGAGGAGCCCUUUGUUGUCGAAGCACCGGAUGGGUAUAUCUUUAGGCACGGCAGGACGUUGGUGGGACCCUCCCCUGUGCUGCAGUUGAUCGAAGACGCUGCAGUGAGGAUGAGCCUCCAGCACCGGGUGCUGUACCAACACUUGAGGACAAUGGGGACAGCAGAGCUGCUCAGCUUUUGUCACCGAGCUGACAGCCUGAAAGAAGAUGACCUUGAAGCAUGCGAAGCAGUCGUCCUUCAUCAGCUGCAGGCUUUAUUGCAAAGCAAGCUGAAUGGAGGCCUCCUACCUGAGGAAACACUUGAUGCUAAAGGUACAGCGCUGGAUGAAAAGCAAACCAGGCCACUUCUCCUGUGGGACAUGGAUGUGCUGCAGACUCGACUGAGCCACCAUGCCUUCUUUUUGAAAAAGCACCAGGUUCAGCUCUCGGCAGAAGUGGCAGGGAUGUUUGACAGCCUGCUGGCUUCCAGUGAGACACUGCAGGAUGGCCAGGCUCUCCCAGCGUUGAGAGAGGUGUUUCAAGAAGAGCAUGGGGAUAGGUCAUCUCUUCAGGGUAAUGAAUCAUCUUACAGCUUGCCAGCGAUUCCAAAUGACAGCAGCAAAAUAAAGCCGGCAAAACAGGCCCCCGGGCUCGACAGCGCUGGAGGAAAAGGUUGGGAGAGUGAUAACAGUUCCAGAUCUAAAGGAAGCCAAGAAAUGCAUUCACAAACCAGUUCUUCAUCGAAGGAACGAAGUCCUCCCUUGUCAAGGCCUGAAAUUAGGAGAAGAGUGGAAACAGCCAUAAAAUCUAAAGCAUUCUGGGGAGAAUCUGAUGACAGCAGCUCUGAGAUUGAGGCCGCUCUGCGCCCACAAACCAGCAGCCCAGAGGCAGACGACUUUGAUGACUUCUAUGAUUAAGAUUCCCCUGCUCACCUUUGGAAAGAAGCAAACAAUUUCGUCUCAUAUGUAGUGAGAGUGCUGCUGCCUCAAGUGCAGCUCAUCACUUUACGGUCCAGGAAAGUUUAAAUACAAAAUAAAUGUGGUGUGGUGCUGGA